AAUUUCGUAAUUUUGAAUCCAGUUUUACAAUAACUUCAAGUACAAUAAGCAAUAAUAGUCAAGAACCUGAAUUUACAACAUCCUCAAGUACAACGAGUGAUAGUGAUCAAUCAAUAUCAUAA